AUGGACUCAGAUGACGAACAGAAAAUGGCGAUGCUUCGCAAAGCCUUCCAAAUGUUCGACACAACAAAGACUGGUUACAUUGAGGUCCUGAAGAUUUCAACCAUUUUGAACACAAUGGGUCAGCUUUUUGAUGACUCAGAACUUCAGGCCUUAAUUGAUGAAAAUGACCCUGACAACACUGGCAAAAUCAACUUCGAUGGAUUCUGCAACAUUGCAUCCCACUUCCUGGAAGAGGAGGACGCAGAAGCCAUGCAACAGGAGCUGAAAGAAGCCUUCAGAUUGUAUGACCGUGAAGGUAACGGUUACAUCACCACAUCAACACUGAAGGAGAUCUUGGCCGCGUUAGAUGACAAACUUAGCAGUUCGGAUCUUGAUGGCAUCAUUGCUGAGAUUGAUACAGACGGCUCGGGAACUGUAGACUUUGAUGAGUUCAUGGAGAUGAUGACUGGCGACUAA